AUGACAAAAGGAGGGGAUGUACAUAUAUUAUUACAACAUUUAAGGCCAUUUUUGCAUGCAGCGCUCAAAAUACAAUCAGCUCCUACACCUCGUGGGAUUAUUCGUCUGUCUUUUAAGAUCGAUACUGACCGCACUGGCAAGGAUGAGAAAGAGCAUCCCGAAAAACAUGAUUAA